CCGCGCCCCGGUCCCGCCGCUCCCGGUUGCCAUGGAGGCACCGCCGGCAGCGGCCGAGGCGGCGGCAGCGGCGGCGCUGAGCGGCGCCGACAAGGAGAAGCUGCGGGAGAAGCUGGCGCUGCUGAGGCGGGAGUACAGCGAGACCGUCAUCCGGCUGCGGCGGGCGCGGCGAGCCGAGCGAGCCAGGAGCCACGGCCGGCGGGAGCGGAGCCCCCCGGGUGGGAGCCGGCGAGAGAGUACUUUACAUGUGACAUUUUUCCCCCCAGGUUCUAGAGAUAACACAUCUCCUAGUGCUGACAGAGGUGGGCCCUCUCAGUUACAGACUAAAACCUGCUCUGAUCCUGACACAGAGAAGACAACAUCUGUCACAGUUAAGCAUGUUCCAGAACUCUGUAGCAAUGAGGUUAACCCACAGGACUGCUCCCAGGCAGAAAGCAUUCAAGCCAGCCAGGAAAACCCAUUCUGUGGGAUCAUCAGGCCUGUCCCUGAGGAGAAAACGCCCCAAACCUCCAGAGGCAUGAUGAAGCUACGGAGACGGACGAAGACUCUGGAAUCAAAGGGAAGGAAAUCRGUGCAUGAAGUGCAUCCAAUCAGCWCUGGUGAAAUGGUGAAAAAUCAAAUUUCCAGUGCAGAGGAGUUCCAGUCACCAGUGUUCAGGCGUAGCAGCCUCUCACACACUGAGGAAYCCACUCAAAGAGCAUCUGGGGCAGUGCCUGUGCAGGGAGAAGGAAAUAGUUUCAUUCCUGAUGCAGCAUCAGAAGUGGUACAGGAUGUGUUUGAGGGCAGUGUCACUGUAGGRGAGCCUGAGCUGUCCCCACAUGUGCUGAGGGACAGCAGGGACAUCUGGCAGCCUGAGUCCUCAAGGGCUGUGGCCACACCUGGUAGACGUGAGCCAUAUUCACCGCAUGGAGACUCUACUUUACUUGACCCCAGAGGUGAUGGAGGAGAAGAAUCCCCCAGUAUAAUAAAACAACCAGAUGGUGAGAGUUUGUGUGAAGAUCAGGAAGGAUUACGUGGACUCCUGGAUUUAAUGUCAGAAAAUGAAAUAUUGUCUGACAGCAAAAAUAACACUGUAAUCGAGGAGAGCAAAAACCAUGAAGGACAUCAAAGUGACACUGAUACUUUAAAUCCCUGUCCUGCAGAUCAUGCUCUGGACAAUGCUGAAGAACUGCUGGAGAAUCAACAGCUUGAAAUUCAGUCAAGACUUUCUCCUCCUGACCAGACAACAGCUCCCGAAGGCACUCUGAGCUCUUGCACGGUGGUUGAAGGGCUGCUCUUUCCCGUCGAAUACUAUGUCCGGACAACUCGCCGCAUGUCGAAUUGCCAGAGGAAGGUGGACCUGGAUGCUGUAAUCCUCAGCCAGCUGGGCAGGAGCAAGAAAGGUCAGCGGAGUAAAUGCAAGCAGAAAGAUGCAAACCCCAAUCAGCCCUCCCWGGAGAGAGCCGAUGGUGAUUUGGAKUCAAGGGUUGUGCCAUUUCCUUUUCUUGGGGCAGAAAAUGAUCCAGCAAACUCAAGUAGUUCUCAGAAAGCUCUUCCUGUGUCYAGCAGCAGCAGCAGCACUUCGCUUGGAUCCAUUUCUCAGAAAAGCAUCACUAGCACAAGGCAAGAGCAGAGACGAUCCCAGAGGAAACAGAAGGGAAGAAGAAAGUCUGCCUGUAAGGCCCCCAUGCAUCCACUGUCACAGGAUAUAGAGAGUCAGGAUCCCAUAAUGGCCAAUGAAAGCAGUGCUGUGCUGGUAAAUGAGAACCAGAGUGAAAAGGAAAACUGUGAUGCUAACUUUGAAAGGUCAUCCUCAGAUGAGAGGAGAUUGUCUGGUGCUGCAGCACUGGGGUCUGCAGGGACAGGAAUGACUGGAGCUGCACAGCCAGCAGGUCCUGAUCCUCCUCUGAGCGGGAGCCAAGUGCCAGACAAAUGCCAUAAGACUCUGUUAGAGCUUCACAGCAGCGAUUCCCUGAGCCCAAGGAGUGAAACGUUUUCCAGCCAUGUGGGAGAUGUGGCAGCCAACUCUCCCAUGUGUCUGGGUGAUAAACAUCCAGUGGAGCRUGUGAAGAGGCAGCGAGGAGCCUGYGGGRCUGAACAGCUCCCCGGGGUCAGCAUCCCUCUGCGCCGCUCCCUGCGCUGCUCUGCGARACACAGGGCCCAGAGAGGCUCAACAGAUAACAGUAGCAGAGGAACUAACUGUCCCAUGGAUUCACAGGGCCCUGCUGCCCUUGGCCUUCCUGCUGUGGACCCCGACACUYGUGGCUCCCUCUUCUCCUUCCGCAGUCUUCAGUGGCUGGUCCCUAAGUUGGGCAUCAAGGACUUCCACUUACCAAAUGAGGAAUUUGGAGUACUGAAACUGGAGAAAUUGAAAUCUUCCCCUGUGAAUGACUUGGAGGGUUUUGUUCUGCACGUGUCUGGGGAUGGUGUGGCUCCAGAGGGGACACCAGAUGCACAAAUGAAUCCAAAACUAAAAAGUGUCAGAAGUAAUUUGAUUUUGCCUUCCAAAACUGGAUUGCCUGACCUCCCUCACAUGGAAAGCCCAGCUUCCAAGAAGGAGCUUUCCACCCAUGAAUUGCUAUUUACUCCCAUGGGGACUGUCUUAGCUGAGGCUCCCACCCACCCUGCAUCUCAGAUUUCCUCAUCUGUUUUCCCUGCUGUGGGUGCAACUCCAGGUGUUUUACCUUCAGUGCACAGUGAGGUCUCCCCUGACACACCUUCUGUACCUGUCUUGCAAGCGACCCCACCUUCUCCCAGAGGAGCAGCUGCCCUGGUUGUGGGGGAUGUGGCACACAAAGAACCUGCUGUCCCACUGCAUCCCGACAGCUGUGCUGCAGAGGCUGCCAGAAACCAGGAGGAGCAAGGGACAACUUUUCCUUUAGCAGCUGAAARAAGUCCUGAGAAUAUUUCUGAUGAGACUGUGUCCUUGGAAGAGCAUCAGCAGUCAGAGAACAAAGAGCAGGAAUCCUGCAGAGCUUCACCCGAACAGAGAAAAGAUGAAGCAGAACAGUUGACUCCAGUGCUGCUGGAUGGCCCCAGAGAAGAGARCUUGCAGCUUGUGUCAGAGAUAAAGGACUCCUCRUGUUCCUGUGCCGUGGAUGUGAGCACGGUGUGGUGGGAAGCAGCGGGCUGCAGGGAGCUGCGUGUGGUCACUGCCUCCGAGAGCGCCGUGUGCCUCUGGAAACCUCUGGCACCUGACUGCUGGGGAAAGGUCCACACCUGGCACCUGGGAGAGACUCCUGUAAUCCAGAUUGUUCCUCUGUUGGAUGCCUCUAACCUCGUGUGUGUAGCACUGGGAGAGCUGGAGAUUGGAGAAAUAAGGCUCUUGCUUUAUUCUUCUGAGACUGACUCAUUCAAGCACUCUCUAGUGAAAACUGGGAAUAUAAGAGCAGUUGUUGGGCUAAAGGACCGGAGGCUGGUGAGCAGCAGCAGGACCAUGCAGGAGCAGCAAGUAGAGGUGGUGUCGCUCUCAGAGACAGUGGGGAGCAAUGACAGGCAGACUCUGAUGCCCCCUAAAGAAACUGUUACAGCCUUUGCUGAAGUAGAAGGGUUGAGAGAGGCCUUGGUGGGCACCACUGCAGGGAACAGCGUUGUGGUUUGGAAUCUGAAAACAGGUCAGCUCCUGAGAAAGAUGAACAUUGGUUAUUCCUACCCRGCUUCCAUCUGCCAUCAAGCAUAUUCUGACUCUGGCCUUCUGUUUGUUGUUUUAAGUCAUCCUCAUGCCAAAGAGAGCGAGUCCUGUGGAAGCCCAGCGUUCCGUGUGGUGGCCUUCAACCCCCGCACGGGCCGGAGCGCAGGGGUGAUGUUCUCCUGCCUCCCCCCGGGCUGUGCAGGCAGGUACCUGGAGGGUGACGUGUGGGACACCGUGGGAGCUGCCGUGCUGACAUCGGGCGCAGUGGCCGUGUGGGACCUGCUGCAGGGCCGGUGUGUGGCGGUGCUGCCCCCGGGCCCUGGAGGGCACUGGGCACUGGCCCGCUGGGCUGCCGACGGGGCCGGGCUGUUGGCUGGGCGCCGUGACGGGACCAUCCACCUGUACCGGUACCGGCCACCCCAGACGGGCGCUGCCUGACAGAGGCAGGGGCGAGGACCCCCGUCACCAGUGGGGUUGUGUGUGCUGCGUGUGUGUGAUGCCAUUAAACGUGUUGCCUUUGGAAMAAUACUGUGUCUGCUGCUGCUGCCGUACUGAGGGGCUGCCAGGGGCUGCGGAGAAGGAGCUGGG